UUGCCGUGGCAACGGUCGGGGGGGAGGCCCGUCCGAGAGCAGCUCACGGCGGCCAGUGAACAGACCAAAGAUCUCCGCUAUAGGAUGUAGGAUCUAUGGAAUAGGCUGCAGCGUGUGUUUGAGGGCGGCCGAUGAACGGAAUUCUCAAAAUUAUUUCCAAAUAACUUUCUACCAGGCACUGAGGCAAAAUGGCUGAAGAUUUGGCAAGUCUUUGUUACCUCAAUACCCCUAUUUCUGAUCUCUAUAUUCUACAUGGAGCCGUCAUCAGUUCCUUGAGCAAGCAUGAUGCAAGGUGAAGAAUCCUUGGUGCUGCUUCAGACUUUAAAAUGGAAGAAAUUGGCAAAUCCAUCUGCCACACCUGAUAACAUCACAUGAAUUUAUACAAUCCUGAUUAUUGGUGGACUACACCAGCAUGGCUCAUUCAUUUGACUCUGCAAGAAGAGAGAUGACAGAUACAAUACAUCCCAACUAUCACACUGGUAGUUCAAGCACAGCAACAAAGUACCUGUUAAAGAAGCAGCACAAGCAAAUGAAUGGACCGCCCAGAGCAACUCGAUCUAAUUCACCCAUGGGCAGGGUGAUCCUUAUCACAGGUGCUUCUCCAAUUGAAGCUGGCACUGAAGACUGUGAUUCGGCUGAGGCGAUCCACAACAUCACUGUAGGGAAAAGUCUGGAUGGGAAACUGGGAUUCAGUGUCCGUGGAGGCUCUGAGCAUGGUCUUGGAAUAUUCGUGAGCAGAGUGGAAGAAGGAAGUGCAGCUGACCAGAGUGGCCUCUGCGUAGGUGAUAAAAUGAUGGAGGUUAAUGGAAUAAGCUUUGAGAACAUUACGAUGGGAAGUGCUGUGACUGUACUCACUGGGAGCCAGCGUUUACGUUUGGUGGUAAGACGAUUGGGAAAAGUGCCAGGGAUCAAAUAUUCCAAAGAGCUGACUACAUGGGUUGACACAACAACAAGGAGGAUAAUAGCAGAGAAAACUCAAAGUUCUGGAGACAUUGAAUCUGAGGAUGGAGCCAGGAGAAUUAUCCAUCUUUACACCAGUUCAGAUGAUGUGUGCCUAGGUUUUAACAUCAGGGGUGGAAAGGAAUUUGGUUUGGGAAUAUACGUAUCCAGAAUUGAUCCCGGUGGACUGGCAGAGCAAAAUGGCAUCAAAAUUGGAGACCAAAUCCUAGCAGCCAAUGGAAUAAGCUUUGAGAAAAUCAUCCACAGCAAAGCAGUAGAAAUCCUGAAGGGUUACACACACAUUAUGUUGACAAUAAAGGAGGUUGGCAGAUAUCCUGCAUACAAGGAAAUGCUGGCGGAAUACAGCUGGCUGACCAAAUUGACAAAUAAUCAUUCUCAACGUUUUGGCUCAGACACAAAUUCUUCCACUUCAUCUCAUUCAUCUGGGACACCUUUGAGCUCCAUGAGUGAUUCUUUACAGGUCUUCCUCCCAACCACCCACAGUUCAACUGACAUGGUAGAUGUAUGUAUUUCCACAGAGGACUCCAAAUUUCAGCAGUACAAUCGUCUAGAGACAAUAGAGACUGCUAUACAGACAGACCUCCAGCUGUCUCCCUACUCAAAUGUUGACAUGGCACGUGAGCAAAGGGCAGGAAAGGCAGCAACAGAGCGAAGCAGGGCACUUGGCCGCACGGUGCUCCUGAAGGAAACGGCCAUUAGGUCAGAUAGUAUUAAGGAAACUCGUAUCAGACCAAGGACUUAUUCCACGGGAGACAGCGCUGAUGAAUUGUUGGACUCUCCAAAAACUGCAGUACUGGUGGCGCUGAGCAAACCAAGAAAACCAAUCAGCCGAUCACAGAGUUAUAUUACUAUAGGAGAGGACAAGAAAAAGAAGAAAAAAAAACAAAAGACAUCUGAGAAAGGAACAAAAUUGGAGCGAUCCAAAACAUUUGUGAACAUCUUUUUCAGAAGCGGACGAUCAGGAAAGCAGUCAAGUGAGCAGAAAGAAAAAGACAGAUCGAAAUCCCCAUCUCGCACAGAAUUAGACAAAGAUAAAGAAAGAGGCCAUCGCUUUAAAAUAUUGGGCCUUCAGAAGGACCAAAAUGGUCUCUCCACAAACGACUCAUGCAGUCACUGCCUAGCUGUGAUUGAGGAUAUUGCAAAGAAACUCCUGAAUCAAGAUGAAGUCAAUGCCAUUUUGCGUCACUGUGAUCAGUAUGUUUCAGGUGGCGGGGUGGAAGAUUUUGUGCGCCCUUUACUUUUUAUUUUGGAUAAACCAGAGAAACUGCUGAUACUGAGAGAAAUCAGGACCAUCAUCGGACCAACUGACCUGGGGAGGUUUGACAGUAUGGUCAUGCCUUAUGAAUUGGAAGCCUAUGAUAUUCUGAAGAUCAGAGCAGGGAGAUCUCCAGUGCUUAGGCAAGCUGACUAUGGAUUGACCCCAAAGCGACACUUGAUUACACCUAUUCCAGAUUUCAGAGGUGGCUUUCAUCUGAAACCAUCUCAGGAUUAUGAAAAGGAAAGAAUGAUGGUGGAGGAAAUCAAGAGGUUAAAGAUCUCUGCUUCAAUCCAGCAAGAAAAUAACCAAAGACGAUUCACAGCUUUAGAAGACAUACCUGUGGAUAGGUAUGACAUGGAAAACACUUUGUAUAAACUCGCUUCUCGCAGUCCAGUGAGGUCAAACUGGUUGCUGGCAGAGUCCUGUCAGACAGCAGUCCAACCGUCUGCUCCAAAGCAAGAUGCCAAUACAAUACAAUCUGAGGUGUUGGACAAACGGCCUGGCAAUGGCAAAACCAGAGGAUCAACAAAGUCAAAGCAACACAAAACUGAAAGAGAAAAAGCAGAGAAAAAUAAAGACACGCCGUUGUAUUCAGUGGUGAACAAGUCCAAAAGUACAAGGCCUGUUUUAGAUCAAGUGUUUGAAAAAACUUUGCCCAACAGCAACAAAGCUUUACGCAGCGUAACCACAACCAGGGAGAGCCAAAAUGAACUCAAGGAGGAACCGGUUUAUGCAGAGUUUCAGGAACUCUUGGAAAAUGGUCACGAAGAAAGAAAAAACAUCAAUGAAGGAAUAACAACAAGGAUGGGGAAAAGCGCAGAAAACAAAGUACAAGAAUAUGACCUGGUGACAGUCAAAGUCUCCAAGAUGAAACAAUCAUUAGGAAUUAGCAUUUCAGGUGGCAUUGAGUCUAAAGUUCAACCUGUGGUGAAAAUAGAGAAGAUUUUCCCUGGAGGGGCUGCAUCGGCCAGUGAAACACUUAAGGCUGGUUACGAACUGAUUUCAGUUGAUGAAGAAAGCCUCCAAAACGUCACACACCGAGAAGCAGUGGAUAUAAUUCGUCGAUCGUACAGUAACAAAUCACUGGAGCCAAUGGUGUUUGUGGUUAAGGUACCCAAGAACAGCUGAAGAUUAAAUCUGUCGAGAUGUGAUAGUCUUCGCGUGUAUAGUUACUGAUUAUUACACAACGUGAAAAUGAAUUAUCGGCAUCCGUCCACAGAGUGUCAAUUCAUUCUGAAUUCUGAAAUCUCUGAACGACUUCAGAACCCAGGCACUUUAAUUCGAAAGGACCACAUUGAUUUCAAAGAAAUUUGCUAAAUGUUCCAUACAGUGGAUGGACACCAAGUACUAUAUGUGAAUGGAUCAUUACUGUGUAAAUACAUAUUGUGCAGACCGGUGUAAUAUAAAAUGUCUAGAGCGGUCUCCUACACAUUGGCACGUGGUCUUUAAAUCACUUUAUGAAAAACAUUGCAAUUUUUGUAUCACGGUUGAGGAUGAAUUUUGGACUAUUAGUGUUAAGAUUGUUAGAGUUCAUAAGUUAUUGAAGCAGAAUUAGGCAAUUCGGCCCAUCGCGUCUACUCCGCCAUUCAAUCAUGGCUGAUCUAUCUUUCCCUCUCAACCCCAUUCUCCUGCCUUAUGCCCAGAACCCCUGACACCAUUCCUAAUCAAGAAUCUGUCAAUCUUAAAAAUAUCCAUUCACUUGUCCUCCACAGCCGUUUGUGGCAAUGAAUUCCACAGAUUCACCACCUUCUGACUAAAGAAAUUCCUCCCCAUCUAUCUAAAGGUGCAUCCUAUUAUUCUGAGGCUCUGGUUCUGGACUCUAGUGGAAACACCCUCUCCACAUCCACACUAUCCAGGCCUUUCACUAUUCGGCAAGUUUCAGUGAGGUACAGGCCCAAUGCCGUCAAACGCUCAUGUUAAAAACCUUUUAAACACUCAGUCCUGAGUUUGAUUAGGGAAUUGGCACUUUUAUAUUGAGACAAUGCUAUCAACGUCAGAUUAAUGGUAUUCCCACCAUCAGUAACAUUUUGCUUUAUUAAAGUGGAUAGCCAUCACAUUGAUAAUGGCAUUAGAAGUGUUUCUGAGUCCCUUUUAUGUCCACUUUUCAAUGCUAACAUUUUAUGAGGAACAGCACCACGACAGCAGGAGAUUUUUCCCUGAGCAUUGGUUCCUAUUAAAUCAUAUUAAAUAGAAGUAGCUCCUGAUACACCAAAAUACUUUUUUUUUGCAGCCUUAUUACCAAAUUCCAUGUCCAUUCUGUAUGCUGCUUCUAUUUAUUUAGAUUAUUUUUCAAUUCCAAAUCAUCUGGAUCUUGUUUACAGCCUGAUUGUUAACCAAAGACAUUUGUAUUUGCAAUGUUGUACAUGAUAGCUAACAACACUUAAUUCUCUGUGAUGAUCAAACAGUGCCUUAACUAUAUAUGUGAACUUCUUUUCCAUAGAAAACAGAAGAGCAAAUAUAUUAUCUAACUGCACCCUUGACAUUUUGUGAAAUAAAUCUUGACAUUAAAACAUAAUGGGCUUGAUGUGUCAAUACCUUGCAAUCCUCCUCAAUUGUGUUAAAUGUGUUGAGGUUAAAAAGAAUUGCACAAAAUACCUAUUAAUCAGAUUUACUGGAUUGACAUCUGGCUGUAAUUAGUGCAAUACUUAUUUUAUUCCCUUUGGGGAUUAGUUUGAAGACCCUUCUCUGACCAAUUUAUUCCAUUCAGUUGAGAUUAAUUUGCUUUCAUUAACAACUAACAUUAGCCUUUGGCCAUCAACAUAUUUGGUUCAGCUUUUAUGGUCUUCAUUUAACACCCACUCCUACCCUCCCCAUCUACGUAACCCUUUGAAAGGGAAAGGAUUGGGAUAGUGGGCAUGACCCAGGAUGCAUGUGUGUUAUGUAUUGUGUGUGUAUUACAAUGAAGUAUAUGCUCCAGGGCACAUCAAGCAACAUGUCUAAAUGCAAAUAGAACACGAAGAAUGAAUUUGAAUCCAGAUGCCUUAUCGGCAGUAGUACAGUGGGGAAUCUUGAUUUGUUGAUGACAUCUGCAGUAAACACCAAACAUUCUUCAUGCACUCUCCUUAAUAAUACUGUCAGAAAUCUGUAACUUUCAUAAAGACAAAUAACAGCCCAUGGACAGCAUCGGAAGCAGCUGCACCUGGUGCUAUAAAUUCUACUGGUCAGUAACAUGGAUGGAAUUGCACCAAUUCCACUAGAACAUAUAAUUGUACUGCACAAUAGAUAAGUGCCACAUUCACAAAGCAUUCAAAACAAGAUUCAUAUUAGAAUGCAAUCAAUCAACUUAUAGCUGUUGUUUGAAGGCAUCAGUGUUAUAUCAGAACCACUUCUCUGUAUUGAAAUUCUUUUCAAUUAAUGUACUAGUUUUUUUUUUAAUUCCCUUGAUUCCUACAGCUACCCGCCCUUAUUCUUCUUCCAACGUAAGUAAUUCAUCACCUACAGCUUGAGGGGACAGACAGGUAUUUUGGAUCUGAAACAAAAAUGUUACUGUUCCAGUGAUCCAGCGAGCAGAGGUGUAAAAGGUGAUUGAUGAUCCCAGGAAUGAUUGGGUUAACAUAUGAUGAGCAUUUUAACGGCACUGGGCUUGUACUCGCUGGAGUUUAGAAGGAUAAGGGGGGAGCCACAUUGAAACUUACCGAAUAGUGAAAGGCCUGGAUAGAGUGGAUGUGGAGAGGAUGUUUCCACUUGUGGAAGAGUCUAAGACAGAAGCCAUUACCUCAAAAUAAAAGGACAUACCUUUAGGAGAUGACAAGGAAGAAUUUCUUUGGUCAGAGGGUGGAUAAUCUAUGGAAUUCAUUG